AUGAGUUCUACAACAAAAAAAUUUCGUGAAUUUAUGGCUGAACCCAUCGGUGAGAAGGGAAUUCGAGAUGUUCCUGGUAUCGGCGAUGUUCUCGGAACAAAAUUAGCCGAAGCUGGUUAUGAAAAAGCAUAUACUCUAUUCGGCAAAUACUUAUUAUUAAACAAAGACGUUGAACAGUUUCAAGACUGGAUUCAAACCCAAUGUGGUGCGAAUAGUCAUCAGGCUAAAACAGCUGCACAAGCACUUUCCGACUGGGCUGAAGCGUUUAUUUGA